AUGGCCGCAUCAACAGCGUCCCCGCCCCCCUCCCCCUCGAAACCCGACCCGGGGUACUUCGUCGGCGUGCCCGCGUCGGCCCAGACGUGGCCCGGGCCCGGGGGCGACGCGGGGCGCCUGAGCCCGGACAUGCUCCGCGCCUUCGAGAGCGCGCGCGACGGCGACACGGCGCCGCUCCCCGCGGCGGCGCCCCCCUCGUCCUCGAAGGGCGCGAAGGCCCUGUUGAGCAUGUUCGAGCCUCCGGUGACCGCGGCGCCCUCGUCAAAACGGAAUCCCUGCGCCCCGGCCGCGCCGGGGCUUCAACGCCAAAACCCGAAGCAGCUCGUUCCGGAUACGGCCUUCGACGCGCUCGCCGGGCGCCCCAUCGGGGCCUUCCGCGGCCACGUCGGGAAGCUCUUCUCGAGCUGGUGGACGGGCGCGAACGCCCACACCUACAGCGGCGCGGGCCUGCCCCGCAUCGCCAGCGAGGAGUGGCGCUACAGGGCGGCGUCCCCGAACGGCGCCGCCGGCGCGUUCCUGUCCGUGGACGACGAUGCCCCGGCCCUGGAGACGGGGUCGGGCCCCCUGGGCCCGACGCGGCUCACGGGCCGCCUGAGCAGCGCCCUGCAGGAGAGCUUCCGCGGGUCCGUGCGCAUGAGCAGCCAGGAGGUCGACGCCAUGCAGGAGAGCUUCCGGAAGCGCAAGGCGAAGCAGGGCGCCCUCGAGAAGGGCCAGUUCCCGGAGCAGAAGGGCGCGAUGUUCCCCGUGCUCGACCCGGACAGCGACGCGCGCUUCUCCUGGGACUGCUACCUCAUGGUGCUCAUCUUCUACGUCAUGCUGGUGACGCCCUUCCAGCUCUCGUUCACGAACGCGCCGACGCACCCGAAGGACACGUUCACGCUCGGCAGCCCCUCGGGCUACAACAAGUACAUCGGCCUCUGGGUCUCGAACAUCUUCGUCGACAUCGCCUUCAUCUGCGACCUCGUCCUCGCCUUCAACACGGGCUUCUUCGACCACAACGAGGGCGAGUGGGUCGUGUCGCGCGACCGCAUCGCGCGCGGCGCCCGCGUCCCGGGGUGGGCCUACUUCCGGAGCUGGUUCUGGCUCGACUUCCUGAGCGUGCUGCCGUACAACGCGAUCGGCGGCGGCAACGCGGGCUUCCUGAAGAUGCUCAAGUGCGUGCGCCUCCUCAAGCUCUUCCGCGUCUUCAAGCAGCCGCGCAUCAUGGCGCGCAUCGCCGCGCGGAACACGAUGCGCGCGGGCCAGCAGGCCGUGCUCAAGUACAUCGCGAUCCUCUUCUUCCUGCUCCACUGGGCGGCCUGCGCCGUCCGCAUGAUCGGCUUCCUCACGCUCGACGGCUGCCACGCCAAGGACAACCUCGGCGACGACCCGGCCAUGACCUGCGGCGAGACGAUUUUAGCCAAGUACUGGAACCGGGGCAUCUGGGCGCAGUACGUCAACGCGCUCGUCUGGGCGCUCGGCACGCUCCAGGGCGGCACGGACGCGACGACGGUGGCCGAGGAGGUGCUCUGCCUCGUCGUCGGCCUCCUGGGGUGCAUCGUCAUGGCCUUCCUCGUCGGCGACCUCUGCAACGUCGUCGGCAACAUGGACCCCGUGGGCAACGACUACAGCCUGACCAUGGACACGCUCAACAACUGGUUCGACGAGUCCCAGCUCCCCGUGCACCUGCGCAAGCAGCUGCGGGAGUACAUGGGCCUCGCGGAGAAGUCGUUCCGCGACGCGCACAACAAGGCGACGCUCGAGCGGCUCUCGCCGACGCUCAAGGCCGUCGUCAUGCACCACAACCUGGAGCGCGAGGUGGCGAACAUCCCCUUCUACGCGGCCGCCGUGACGCGCGCCUACGCGCUCCAGCCGGGCCGCCGGCUCUCGAUCACGCCGAGCGACAACUUCCAGCGCGGCGCGCCGCGCGGCGGCGAGCGCUGCGGCCAGCCGCGGACCGCGACGAUGAUCGAGCUCGACUCCAACCUGGAGAUGCUCGUCAAGUACGACGACGGCGAGACGGAGGAGGAGGUGCCCGUGAGCCGCGUCAACGUCCACGGCUACCGCCUCGGCCCCGCGUUCGAGCGCCAGAUGGACGCGUUCAUCUACCAGCACGACCGCUUCGUGCUCGCGCUGAGCACGCACGUGAGCACCAAGUUCUUCAUGACGGGCGACGUCAUGGUCCACGCGAACCAGAGCCUCAACACGGAGAUGUUCAUCAUCUCCACGGGCCGCGCGCUCGUCUGGGGCGACAAGUCGGCGAACCCCGUGUUCUCGUUCACGCGCAAGUCCGUCUACGACACCAUCGGCGACGACAUCUGCAUGCUCACGGUCGCCGGCCGCAGCCCGACGCCGCGCCUCUACAGCGUGCGGUCGACGACGACGACGGAGUGCUCCGUGCUCGACGGCCCGCCGUUCGUCGAGACCGUCGGCAACGGCCAGUUCUCCGCGUUCUACCGGGGCAUGCGCAAGUACGGCGCCUGGCAGCUCCUCCGCUACGCCAUCCUCCGGUCCGUGCGCCUCAAGCAGCGCCUGGGCACGCCCUUCGAGGCGUCGCUGCCCGCGCUCGGCGCCGGCGCGUGCGAGCCCGACGCCGUCAAGGAGGCCGCGGCCGACGCCGUGCAGGUCCUGCUCAAGAAGGUGCUCGCGACGGACGCGGGCAAGCUCGAGGGCCUCGCCGAGGUCGCGGGGGCGACGCUCUGCCGGAGCCUCGAGGCCGUGAAGCAGAUCCUCGCGGACCCGGCGGCCGCGGCGCUCGCGGAGCAGGAGGCCGUCGAGAAGGUCACGGCGUCGACGGCGCCCGUCGGCUCCCUCUCCAUGUUCCUCGAGCGACCCACCUACCCCUCGGGCCGCUUCUACGCCCCCAACCGCCCGAGCCAGGACCAGGACGCCCUCGCGAACCGGAGCUGCUUCUCCCUCGGCGCGGAGGCGCCCCGGGCCGUCCCGCUCCCCCCGGGCGUCAACACCGACGGCACGCCCUGCCCCGGCGGCCCGCGACAACCCGCGACGAACGCCAACAUCCCUGCGUUGUACCUCACGUUUCCCUCAGUUGAAGAUUUAGAACAUCCCGGCGCCAUCACGGCGGGCAGCCUUUUCUCGCGCGCGCGCGAGGCCCCUGUUACAUACGCGCCGUCGGGCAUGACCAUGUCCUACGGCAGCAUCGCGGCGGCGGCGCCCGCGCCGCCGUCGCGGCUCCCGCCGCUGGGGCGGCUCCUGGCGGCGUUCGGCGCCGUCGGCGCCUGGGUCGUCGUCGCGGGCGCCGCGCGGUCGUCGCGGUUCCGCCCGACGCUCGCGGCGGCCGGCGCGGCCGACGCGGUGUCGGAGCCGGGCUACGCGGUUUCGCGCCACCCCGUGAGCGUCGACCAGGCCCUCGAGGCCUGCGCCGCGCUCCCCGCCACGCCCGAGACGUACCGCGACUGCCCCGCGGCGGACACGACGAUGUGGUGCCUCCGCAUGCGGAGCGCGUUCAAGUCCGGGGCGUUCGACCCGGCGGACUGCGACACGGAGAUGUGCCUGAGCAUGGCGACGUCGCCCUGCGCUCAGAGCUGCGUCGGCGCGGACGGAUCCUUCGCCGAGGCCGGGUGGUUCGAGCCGUGCGCGUGGGACGCGAUGGUCCACUUCGACGCCUUCUGCGACGGCACCUGGACGCCCGCGCUGCCGGCCGCCGUGGGCGCCGUGAAGGACGGCGACGACGACGCCGCCUACGCCGCCGCCAAGGCCCUGGGCGCGGACGGCGGCAACGACGUCGACGACCCGGACGCGCUCAACAAGUGCGACGCCAAGGCCUUCUGCCUGGCCUGCGGCGCCGACGACGCGUCGGCGGAGUCGUGCCGCGCGGCGCUGGCGCCCGUCGGCGGCGUGCUGGCCUCCUUGCCCUGGGGCGACGGGCAAGCGUGGGGCGGCGCGCCCGUCGUCCCAAACCGGCCCGCGGACGCGGGCUACGCGGACCCCGCCCGCCGCCGCCUCGGCCAGGGCGGCGAGGGCGGCGUCGCCGUGCUCCUCAACAAGGGCGACUUCUGCGGAAACGACGAACGCGCGUAG